AUGGCAUUCCCUGUGGAUAUGUUGAAUGGCUAUAGUCAUGAGGACUUGGAGAGCUCUGCAGAGGACUACAUGUCUGACCUGCGAUGUGGAGAUCCAAAUCGUCCUGAAUUCUUGUCCUUGCCAGACCACAGCAAAAUUCCUAUUAGCUUGUCAACUGUGGGCUUCGUUCCUCUUUAUGGUGGAGAGCAGACACACAAAGUUCUUGCUUUGUUUGCACCAGAGGACUCGCUCACAGCUGUAGCCCUGUAUCUUGCUGACCAGUGGUGGUCAAUUGAUGACAUUGUGAAAACAUCUGUACCUUCUAGAGAGGGGCUUCAGCAGGUGAAGUCUGUUGGAGAGAGGGUGGUUCUCUAUGUUCUGAAUCGAAUUAUCUAUCGGAAACAAGAAAUAGAAAAAAAUGAGAUCCCAUUUCUCUGUCAUGGUAGCAAUGACUAUGCUAAGAUCAUAUGGAAAAAAGGAGAGGCUAUUGGGUUCUAUUCUGUUAAACCUACAGGAAGUGUUUGUAGCUCUUACCUUACUCAGAGUUACCAGCUUCCAGUGUUAGACACGAUGUUUGUAAGAAAGAAACAUCGUGGGAAAGACUUUGGGCUAAUGAUGUUGGAAGACUUUGUGGAUUCCUUUACUGAAGACACACUUGGCUUACGAUAUCCACUGUCGUCCUUCAUGUAUACAGUUUGUAAGCGCUACUUCGAGAAGUACCCUGGGGAUCAUGACCUUUUAUGGGAAGUGGAGGGAGCAGGACACUGGUUCCAGAGGACACCUAUUACCACUGUAUUGCAAAGGGAAAAGCUCAAAAUUACAGAAGAGGCCUCUCGGAAAGAAAACAGGAGUUUUCAGACAGAGGAGUAUUUUCUGCAAUCAGUAGUGGGAUCUGAAGCCAAUGAACAGAACACAGAACCAGAAACACAGCUAAGUACUGAAUCUCAAAAAGGCAAAGAAUCAUUAGAUGUCCAUGCAAGCACAUCUGAAGAGCCUACUGUAACACCUGUUUCCAUUCGGACGCGGAGCAGUCAUUUAAAACGCCCCAGGAUAGGAAAAAAUACCCAGGAAUCUGAACCUGAAAUUUCCAAAGGAGAUGAGGAAAAUGCUCUUCACAUGGCAGAAAGCAGGCUGGAACUGCUUGCCCACACAUCUGAAAGCUCAGAAGACUUAGCAGAAGAACCUGAGGAGAACGCUGUUGAGAACGAUGAGGAAAUGAUUGUUGAAAAUGAGGACCAGUCUGUACUGGAAGCAGAGCUGCAUGCAUCACCACCUGAGAAACUGAAUGAGAAAGAGGAAAUUCCACCAGAACCUCUUAAUGGUGAGAUAACAGAAGAAACUGGUAAGACCUCAUAUAUGGCUGAAGAGGAGACAGUAAAUGAAGUUUUGGGUGGUGAAUCAAAAUUGCAGUCUGAGAGUCGAGGAGAAGAACCCUUAACACUGUUCGUUCCAUUAAUCCUUGAACCUCCAACAAAACCUUCAGAAGAUACUGUAUCAGAUAAGGCUUUAAAUGAAAAUGAUUCAGGGGUGCUGACUGAAGAAAGUCCAUCUGUAGAGAAGGAGGGCGCUGAAGAAGAGCAGCAAGAAGCUGAAAGGAGGAAAUCAUCAAAGGAAGAAAAUGCAGCUGCAGCUGCUUCGGCUUCAAGGGAUGAACCCUCAGACAAUGGCCUGCCAAACUCUGUGGUGACUGAAGCAGCAGAGGAAUCAGUUUCUGAAAACGUGUCACCCAAAACAACUUCCUCAGUGGAAGAACAAAAUGAGGAAGCAGGACACAACUCACAGGAGGCCCCUGUUGCCUUGGGUCAGAGUUCUUUGAUAGUGGUAGAACUUGAGGGUGUUUCUUUUCAGCAGCCUCCUGCACAGGAAGGCCAGAAGAACCAGUCAGAAGAGCAGUCGGAAGAGUCUGCUGAGCAGAUGGAUCAGUACACACAGACAGCAGCAGAGCGGGCUGCUGACAGCAGCUCUGAGGAAGCAGAAAUUGAGGUACCCAUUGUAGAUCGGAGAAACUUGCGGAGAAAGGCCAAAGGUUACAAAGGUCCCCCCAAGAAAAAAGGAAAGCCAGCUUAA